CUGCUCGAGCCGCGUCUCUAUGGCAGCCGCGACAGCCCACAAGGCGCAGAGCGACAUGAACGUGGAUGCUGGCAGCCGAGGCGGCGCUGUGGUCCCUGCGCGGUCUCGAGAGGGCAGUCCCGUGGCGUGUGACUUUGUCCCAUCGGCGCUGGGGACGCGAGAGCAUUGGGAUGCUGUUUAUGAGAGAGAACUGAGGACAUUCCAAGAAUAUGGAGAUACAGGAGAAAUCUGGUUUGGAGAGGAGAGCAUGAACCGACUAAUAAGGUGGAUGCAGAAGCAAAGGAUCCCAUUGGAUGCCUCAGUGCUUGAUAUUGGAACCGGAAAUGGUGUUUUCCUGGUUGAACUUGUGAAACAUGGUUUCUCUAAUAUAACUGGGAUCGAUUAUUCUCCUUCUGCAAUUAAGCUUUCUGCAAGCAUUUUAGAGAAAGAAGGGCUAUCUAACAUUAACUUGAAGGUAGAAGACUUUUUGAGUCUUUCCACAAAGCUGUCUGGAUUUCAUGUUUGUGUUGACAAAGGGACUUUCGAUGCCAUAAGUCUUAAUCCUGACAAUGCAGUUGAGAAGAGGAAGCAAUAUGUGAUGUCUCUCUCCAGGGUAUUGGAAGUAAAAGGCUUUUUUCUAAUAACCUCAUGUAAUUGGACCAAGGCAGAGUUGCUAGAUGUGUUCAGUGAAGGAUUUGAAUUUUUUGAAGAGCUGCCAACACCCAAGUUCAGUUUUGGAGGUAGAUCUGGAAACACUGUAGCAGCUUUGGUUUUUCAAAAAAAGUGAGACUUCCUUGGACAAAGUCAGUUAGUUUUCUUGAAGAAACUGUACAGCAAAGUAAACCUGAUACGAAGAAGCAAGUGCCAAUAGUGCUUAGUAAGUACCCAGGCUUAGCAAAUGCCAGUAGUGCUUAGUAAGCACUAAGUCUGCACAGACUGAGUACAGAUAAUGGGGUGGUGGGAAACCACAAGAAUGGGAAUCAGCAUUUAGAUGUCAACUAAGAAUAAUGUAAAAUCGUAUUUUGUAUUUGACAUAUAAAUAUUUUUCUUGUGUUUUAAGGCAGUUUUCUGUAACUAUUAAACAAUUGAAAGCCUCAAGGCAGUAAAUGAAUUUACAGAAA